UCAAUGCCGAAAGCAGCCGUCAGGUGUCGCUGCUUCGUCGCGCGUGGGCAAGGUCACACGGCGUUCCGUUACGAACGUGCGUGAUUACUCCACCAGCACCGCGGCCGCCGUCGUCUCCUCCACACACCACACCGUCGUCUGCUCCACACUCGGUCGUCUCCACACCACACCACACACUGUCACUGCACAGCCAUGGCGGACAGUGCGAGCGAGAGCGACACCGACGGCGCGGGGAGCAGCUCGGCCACCCCGAUGUCCCUCUCCUCGGCGUCCAAUUCGGGGAAACCGAGUGUAGUCAUCUCACAAUUCCGAUUAGAGGAAUUAACAAACCGCCUGGCUUCUCUACAGCAGGAGAACAAAGUUCUGAAAAUCGAGUUAGAAACGUUCAAACUCAAGUGCAAAGCCCUGCAGGAGGAGAAUCGGGACCUUCGUAAGGCUAGCGUCACCAUUCAAGCGAGGGCCGAACAGGAAGAAGAGUUCAUCAGUAACACCUUGUUCAAGAAAAUACAGGCCCUGCAGAAGGAGAAAGAGACCUUGGCCGUCAAUUAUGAGAAGGAAGAGGAAUUUCUCACUAACGAGCUGUCAAGAAAACUCAUGCAGCUCCAACACGAGAAGGCAGAGCUGGAGCAGCACUUGGAGCAGGAGCAGGAGUUCCAGGUCAACAAGCUGAUGAAGAAGAUCAAGAAGAUGGAGAACGACACCAUUUCCAAGCAGCUCACGCUGGAGCAGCUGCGGCGCGAGAAGAUUGACCUUGAGAACACAUUGGAACAGGAGCAGGAGGCGCUGGUCAAUCGGCUGUGGAAGCGCAUGGACAAGCUGGAGGCGGAGAAGAGGAUUCUCCAGGAGAAGCUGGACCAGCCCGUGUCGGCCCCACCCUCUCCCAGGGAUGUUUCCAUGGAGAUCGACUCACCGGAGAACAUGAUGCGGCAUAUCCGCUUCCUGAAGAACGAGGUGGAGAGGCUGAAGAAAAGUCUGCGCACCACCGAGCUACAACACACGGAGAAGCGAGCCCAGUAUAUCGAGGAGGAGCGGCACAUGAGGGAGGAGAACAUCCGGCUGCAGAGGAAGCUGCAGCGGGAGAUGGAGCGCAGGGAGGCGCUGUGCCGGCAGCUGUCGGAGAGCGAGUCCAGUCUGGAGAUGGACGACGAGAGGUACUUCAACGAGAUGUCCGCGCAAGGCCUGCGAGCCCGGACGGUGUCCAGCCCCAUCCCCUACACCCCCUCCCCCAGCUCCAGCCGACCCAUAUCUCCUGGUCUGUCGUACAGCGGCCACACAGUGGGCUUCACUCCCCCGGCCACCUUGUCCAGAGCCGGCAUUUCCCACUACAACCCUCCAGCCCUUCACGUCCAUGGAAGCUCCUCGCACGCUGUAGCGAGGCCCUCCCCGCGAAGAAGCACCAGCCCCGACAAAUUCAAGCGUCCGACCCCGCCGCCCUCCCCCAACACGCACUCGGGGACCCUGGCGUCCCAGCCCGCGCUCCCCCCGCCCGCCCAGCCCAUGGUCCAGUCCAUGUCCUCCCCGGCGGCCAUGUCUCAGCAGGCCUCCUCCUCCAUGCAGCAGCAGCCCCCCGCCCAGCCUUAAGGCCUCCGCCCCAAGGUGACCCCCGCCCUGCCCCUACCCCCCCGCCAACACGUGUGACAUGGAACGCCCCCGGCGCUUACAGCAGAAAGCAGCUUCCAUCUUUAUCAGCCCCCCCUCCCCCUCCCCCUCCUCCCGGAAGUCACAUGUCUCUUCACGCUCUUCUCUUGCCGACUCCAAACAACAACAGCGCAAAGAAAAAUAAAAUGGAAACAAAAAAAAGUGGCUUAUGUGGUUUGAAGUUUGCGGGGUGGGGGUAAGGUGGGGGCGGCGCCGGACCAAGGCGCCACGGCACCCUGGAUGAAGCUGGCUCCGCCCCGGGCGGUGCGCAAUGUUGGUUAAAACGCUCUUAAAAAGGAAUGGACUGACUGAAAAUGAAGCGCUUCUGGGAUUGGUAGGCUGGUUGUCUGUUCAUCUUCUGUCCUUGUACAUGUAUAAUUGUUCUGUUUUUUUUGUUUUUUUCAGUCAUAUUAUUGUUUUUUUGCUUGGGACUUUUGCCGAUUGGAAUUGUUGUUGUGGCACUCAUGAGGAACGUGACACAGCAUCUCAUGGUAGUGUUUUUAUUUCUGAUUUCAUGGAUGUUCUGAUGAAUCAACCGUUGGAUGUAUAGCUUGAUAGGCCGGUGGAUAGAUGUGUCCAUCUGCUCCAUGCCUAAUAAUACCGCAUUUGAUUGCAGUACUGUGCCCCUACCCACUAUAGCUCACCUUACUUAUUUUGUCUCUAAAGCAUCGUACGCAUUCGCCGCCAACAGUUACACGCAGCUCUGAUGAGUCUUUAAGCGGAAAUGGAGGACUCAUCAACUAGGAAACAGUUCACUGAGUUACAGGGCGUCGACCAAACCCAACUAGCCACCCGUAUAUAUAUCUACAUUUUCUUUACGAUAAGCAGAUCCAAGGCUGUGCUGCCUUAAAAAAAACAAAUAUACACAAAAGAUUCAGCAGUGACCUAAAGGAAAUCAGAUCAUCGGUACAAACACAACUUACUCGUCACCUUCGGUAGGCGAGUGAUACGGGAUGUUGCAACAUAUUCACGUCACUUGCGACUCUCCUCCGCUCUUCCUCUCUAGUUCUGAAAGCUUCAAUCAUCCUAUGGAUAUUCCUCAUCAGAAAAAAAAACCAUAAUGCUCUUUACACUAAAUAUACAUACUGCUAAAACAUUCGUAAUGAAUGGUACUGUUGAACUAAAUUUCUAUGUAUGAUUAAAAGCUCUUGAAGACUACUGAACUGCCUUGUUUUUAUGAAUGGAUUGUACUUGGUAUAUGUUGUGGGACAUUUUAGGAAUUGGGAAACCAUAAAUGAAAGUACAUAUUUACUUGAUUUCAAACUAGAUCAGUCCUGAGUUUCAUUAGGUUGAGUCUCACCUUGAACCUGGCACUUGGCUUUUAUAACCAAUAGAAAUCGAAUGGGGCCAAACGACCCCAAACCAAUCAAAACAUUGACUUGUAAACAGUAUCCAAAGGCACAGCACGAGUCCCUGAUUUCUUAAGAGAUCUUGUGUUAUUUGCACAGCUACACACUGUUCUCCAUUACAGCUCAUGCUGGCUCACUGAAGCGGUCCAAACUGGAAUGGAGAUUUGAAGGGCAGUCACUGAGCUUGGUUACAGUACAGAAAAAAACUGCCCAAUUCAUACAAUCUGUGCGUUUCCCUCUGGGGUGUAUCUGGGUAUUUGUACGUCCCUGUAACCCUGCUGAGUUUCACAGGAAAGAUGGGAUAGCUGGAGUGAUGUAUUCCAAGAUAUAUUUUCACAUGUCAGUGCAUUUGUAUGAUGAUCGACGAUGCAUUAGCGCUUCGGAAAGCUGUGUACAACCUGAAUCCAGCUUGGGUCAUUGGGAACCCUUUGCAUUGUAGAAAAUAUGUGUGGUGGACCACUGAAAAGGCUUUACAGUAUAAUAUAAAUAUGUGCUAUACUGUUAAUGUAGUCGUCAUUCCGUGAAAGUAUUGCUUCAGACUGAUGAUGGGAACAAAAUCUUAAGUUCCCGUCCUCAUCACUGAUAAGUGACAUUAUUUUGGGGGAUACAAAAAGCAAGAAUAUUGUAAUCAAACGUUACUACUUUGUAUUGCCUUUUGUGCAGUAAAUCAAAUAUCUUAGCAAGAGAACUCAAGUCGAGCCAGAGGGGUUAGGUCUGGCUAAGCCUACAUCAGACAAUAUCAGAAAACACAUGCCUCUGAAUCCCCAAUUAUUACCAGCUUUAUAAAGCAUGUCAUGAAUAUAAGGAUCUCAAAAUGCAGCAUGAGGGUUUAAUUAACUUGUUCUCUUCAACUGUCGCUGUUCAGCGUUAAGGGGAUUAUAGGGUCUUAGUCGGCCGAACAUUCUUUGCUGUGGACUUUUGACUGUUGGAAAGGCAUCAAAGUUCCACAAAGAAUUAGUUAAAUGUUUUAAAUUGGACUAUCUGCACACAUCUCAAAAUCACCAUUGUGAUUUUCUGUCAUAAUUAUUUUAGGCCUAACAUUAUAUCUGUUGCCUUUCUCCAGUAGCCUACGGGUUGGGUUAGCGUAGUUGCCUCCACUUUGGUUUUAGACCACUACCAAUAUUCCUCUUGUUGCACAUAGUUAGACACCAAAUAUAAAUGAUGACCAAUUUACUCUGAAUAGCCACAUCAAACUAGGCAUUUAGGCUGCGUGACCUAGGCUAUUAGAAUCCCAUUGGCCAAUUAUUAC